AUGAGGGCCGUAUUCGAGUUGCUGCCAUGAACACCAUCCGUGAUGCGAAUCACGCCUGAUUACGAAAGAGUAGUGUGGAGUGUCCUCCGAAAACUCAUGCCGGCAGUGACGAUCUAGGGCUGUCGCUUUCAUUGGACACAAGCCCUAUGGAGAAAGGUAUGUAAAAUUAAAUGUUCAAUGUAAUUGAUGUUAUGUCUGUCAGUAGUCAGACAGUAGACGAAAGUACAUUUGACCAUUUACAUAGCUCUAGAUAUCGAAAUGUUAAGUCUGUUUACUACGAUUAAAGCUCAAAAUCUGAAAAAAUGAACUGAACUAUAAUCUUGUCACAAACGAAGGAAUUCUCGUCUCUGACGAUUAUUUUUACAAUUCGUAAGUCUCUUUAUUGAAUACCUGAUUUUUGUUUUGUUUCAGGUUCAAGAACUUGGCCUACAAUUGUCAUACCAUCACGUCCAGGAACUUACUAAUUGCUUCGCAAGUUCAUGUCUCUACCAUUCCUUUCCGCCGGCGCCAUUUUAGAAGCUUUCUUCAAGCUGAAAAGAAAGGCCAACACAGACUAGCUGAAAGCCUUUGCCAACUAUGUAGAACAGAAGCGGAUCGUCGCCAACACCUGGCCGCCGUCCUGUUGGAGUUUUUACCUAAGAGCCAUCCGGACAAACAACGACGUGGAAGGAUGGAACAACGGGCUCAACAGACGGGCGCAGGUAGGCUAACUAUUUGCUUGUCAUUACGCUACGGUGUCGCCUUUCGUCCGCGUGCCUGUGUCGCUAGAUUAGCUGCCGUUAAUCCUUCACUCGUUGUAAUUCGGCGGACGCGAUGGCCGCCGGACUGCAUUAACGGUGUCGAUUUUAGUUUUCGUUAGGUUAUUGCCUCAGUGCCAGUGAGUAGUUUCUCGGUUUUGUCGCACAUCAAUUUCUCCUUUCGAGUUCGUGUUUUAUUGCUAUAUUUUUAUAUAUAUUCUCCUCUUUUUCACCUCAGGUAAAAAGUCAAUUUCCCCUGUAUAUGCUGAUCCAGCUGCCUCACGAAUAGACCCGCCUGACCACCCUUCAAAUCCGAAUGGUUUCGGAGCAUAAACUGUCCAGACUCCAGCGACGAACGUGCCGGCAGCUGCAAGAUAUUUAGCCUGUGGGAUCAGUACGAGAACGGUGAUCGGACGGCGAAGCAGUUGCUGCGAACCUGCUUUGAACUCUACAGACUGCGCGAUGAUUAA